ACCCAGCUGGUUAAAAAACCCAGAUCGCACCGGUAUCCACCCGUCGCCGAUACACAAUGAGACGAGCAGUUUCCUCCCUGCCUCUGCGGCGACAAAUCAUCGCCUCCCGAACCUUCCAUGCCUCGUCAACGUUGAGAGAAGGAAACCCUAGAUCUCCCUUGAAGGUCUUCAUGGAGACGUUCAAGAGCGAGCUGCAGAAGUCGAAUGAGUUGCAGGAGAAAGUGAAGGCUUUGUCAGAUGAGACUGGGAAGGUUGCUGAUAGUGAGUCGUUCUCGCGGGCGAAGGAUGCGUUCACCAAAGCGAAGGAGAGGGCGGAUGCCGUUUCUGCAUUCGGUGGAAAGCAUGUUCAGAAGGCCGCUGAGGUUGUCGGUACUGGAGCCAAAGCUGCUUGGGAGGCGCCGUUAGUGAAGGGUACCAGGAAGGUCGUAACGACUUCUGCCAGCGCUGUCGCAAGUGGUCUCGACACCGCCACUAAGCCUAUUCGUGAGUCGGAGGCCUACAAGAAGGUUUCGUCGAGUGUUGCGGAGACUAUCGAUGAUGGUCGGUCGUCUGCUUACGGAGGUUACAUCGAGAAGGAGGAGAGAAGAAAGAGGCGUGAGGCACGAGAAGCGGGUAAGCACUACGUUACCCCGAACGCCGAUGCGGGAGAGGCUUUGGUUCUCCACAAGGACAGCCAGUUGAAGGAGGCAUGGAAGAAGUGGAAGGAGGAUUCUGCGGCUGCGCAAGCUCUUAACCGUGUCCGUCAUGCCGUGAACGAGUCUGAGAACCCUAUGGUUGAGAGAUUCCGUGAUAUGGCCGAGCGUGUGUCGGAUACCUGGUCUGGAUGGUUCGCCGAGACUGAGAGUGCUCAGGUUGUUCGUAUGUUCAAGGAGAUUGAUCCUACUUUCUCUAUGGAGCCUUUCCUUCAGGAACUCCGUGAGUUCAUUCUCCCUGAGGUUGUGGAGGCUUACGUCAAGGGCGAUGGUCAGGUUUUGAAGCAGUGGCUCGGCGAGGCGCCGUUCUCCGUCUGGUCAUCCAUCAACAAGCAGUACGUCGAGCAAGGUGUUAUCUCGGACGGUAAGGUCCUCGACAUCCGUGGUGUCGACAUCGCUCAGUCCAAGAUUCUGCCACCAAAUGACAUCCCCGUUUUCGUUGUCAGCUUCAGGUGUCAGGAGGUGCAUCUGUACAGAAACAUGAAGACCGGAGAGUUGGUUGCUGGAUCUGAGGACGCUAUCCAGUUGGUGCCCUACGUUGCUGUGAUCACCAGGAUCCCUGACGAGGUCACCAACCCUGAGACGAGAGGAUGGAGAAUCGCCGAUUUCGCUCGUGGUGCUGCUCGUGACUACACAUAAGCGGCGAAGACGCGAGGCAUUGGGAGGCGAGGC